AGUCGCGGCACGAAAGAUGGCUGUGCAAUUAGACAGCAGCGCGAAAGAUGAUUUGAAAACGCAAUUCGCAACACGCGAAGGAGAGUACAGGUUAAUGACGCUCUCGGAAUACUCACGGCCCAAUCGCGUCGGCUACCAGAACAACCAGAACAGUCCCCAGGUGCGUGUGUCAAUCGUGUCACUCCCAUCGCCUCCGCCAGCGCCCAUCGGUAGCGGUGGUGGUCAGCUGGCCGGGGUGACCAGCACCAACAGCGCCAGCAACAGCAAUAAUAUCACCCUCACGAAGCAGCAAUCCUUUUCGAACGGGCUGGAACACCAAACGGCAUCCGGAUUCAGCACACCGGUUGGCGGUGAUCGGAUUUGUUUCAAUUACGGCAAAGAGCUGUACGUCUAUUCCUACCGGGGCGCAAAGAAGGCAGCGGAUUUAAAUAAGCCGAUAGAUAAAAAGCUGUACAAGGGAACCUCUCCAAGCUGCCAUGACUUCAAUGGAACAGCGGCAACUUGCGAAGGAGCGCCACUGCUGGUUGGCUUUAGUACCGGACAAAUCCAGCUAGUGCAUCCAGGCCGUCGAGAACAGGGAAAACUAUUCAACGAAGAGAGAAAUAUCGACAAAACUAAAGUUACCUGCCUAAAGUGGAUACCGGGAUCGCAGAACCAGUUUUUGGUGUCUCACGCAAGCGGCUGUAUAUACCUGUAUAACGACGAACUUCCCUGUACGCCGGCCACCCCGAGCUACCAGCCGUGCAAGGGUGGCGAUGGGUAUGUCGUGCUGGCCAGCAAAUCGAAGGCAACGAAAAAUCCGCUCUACAAGUGGUGCUUCGGGCAGCACGAAAACGCGAGCAUCAACGAGUUUUGCUUCUCGCCCUGCGGUCAGCAUCUGGCCGUCGUGUCGCAGGACGGUUUUCUGCGCAUCUUCCACUAUGAGCGCAUGGAGCUUGUCGGAAUCGCGCGAUCCUAUUUCGGUGGCUUCCUGUGCGUGUGCUGGAGCCCCGACGGUAAAUACGUCGUCGUUGGCGGUGAGGAUGAUCUCGUGACGGUAUUUUCGCUAAACGAGCAGCGCGUGGUGGCCCGUGGCCAAGGCCAUCGAUCGUGGGUGUCGGUUGUGGCGUUCGAUCCGUACACCACCUCGUACAGUGCGCUCGACGGAGACGACAUGUCCGACGAGGAGGUAUCUCUCAGUGAGCAGCGUAAUCAUCUGCAUCAUGGUGGCAACUUUUGCCACCCGGAUGGUGGGCCUCAUUCCGCCGCAACGACGAAGCAGCAGGGAUCGACGGCUUGCGAUAAGCUGUCCGCACAGAACCGGCUUGCCACGUGCUACCGGCUAGGAUCGGUCAGCCAAGACACACAGAUAUGUCUGUGGGACAUAACGGAAGACGUACUGAGGCAAUCGUUUGGUCGCGUCAUUAAAUCGGCCAAUCAUACAGGCAAAAAGGAAGUGAUGAUUAAUGGCCUGUCCAAUGGCGAUAGCGAGAGCGCAGGGAAAAUGGACAAGUGUGGCCCCACCAAAGGCAACCGACCGUCGGACGAUGUAGUUGAUAAUGCUAGCUUUAAACCACAAAUAACCCCCCCUACAUUAGGCGCAAUUGGUAAUAAUAGUUUGUAUAGCGGCAGCAUCAAACCGACUAGCGGUGCUAGCACGUAUGCUAAUAUGAAUUGUGAUGAUAAAGCUAAUAGCGACAGUAGCAGUGAUAAAGAAUCGGUUGAUAGUAAAACUGUUAAGCGCGCUGUGGCCCACAGCGGUAGCAAUGCGGGUGACAUCGCCGAGAUCGGCAACGCCGGUACAGGUGUUGCCGGCGGGAAGGCACCCUCGUCCGGCAAGAAGUCCAAGGGCGGAAGUGGCGAUGGACAGAGUGGUGGCGGCUCGCAGCAGCAUUCCAGCAGUACGUUCAACUCGAUAACGCAGCGUUUGACGAGUCUUAGCUUUGGGAGUGGCGGCAGCGGUGCAAGCAGCACCAGCAGUGGCAGCGGUGGUAGUAGCUGUGAUAAGAAUGACAAGCCGAGCAGCAAGUCAUCCGUCGGUGGUGGUGGCGGAGGCAGCAGCAAGCGCAGCAUCAUGGCGCUCGGUAGCAAGAGUUUUAGCAGCAACAGCAAUAGCAAUAGUCUUAACAACAAUCAUCAUGCGCCGAACAGCAGCAGCGGCAGCAUAAGUAACAAUAAUCAAACCGUAUCCGGAUUGCCGUCGGGCGGUGGCGGCGGAAUGACGAGCACCUUCACCUCGAUAAUGACGUCAUCCCUGACCAAGAGCAAAGGGGCAGGCGCCGGAGGAGGUGGCGUUGUCGGGUCAGGAGGAUUCGCACCGUGCGGCCGCAUCGUGUCGUCGUACGAUCCGAUGAAGCUGAUCGGCACACCGGCCUGCCCGCGGUACGACGACUGUCCAGUAUUAGAGCCGCUGAUAUGUAAAAAGAUUGCCCACGAGCGGCUGACGGCGCUCAUAUUCCGUGAGGAUUGCUUCCUGACCGCGUGCCAGGAUGGAUUCGUGUAUACGUGGGCGCGGCCGGGCUUUGUUAAUAUUCCACAGCAUUUAUCUUCAACGCCUUCGGCACCUCCAGGGGGAACGGUAGUGUAAAUAUUUUAAGUUAAUAUUGAAUGUUCACAGCAACCCCUCUCCUAGCCAUCCAAAAGCAAAAAAAACAACAACAAAACCUAUUACAUGUUCUUUAUGUUGCGGAAUAAAAACAAAACACACACACAUUUUAAUAUCCG